CCCAAUAGCUCAUUUGACUUAGACCGCACUUAUUAUACUUCGACACCGUAUAGGAAUAGAUUUAGAAGAUAUGACGAAGGAGCGCUAACUAGACAAUUUAGCGAUAUGUCUAUUGAUAGAAUAGAUUCUGACGAUGAUCCUGUUAAGGGCGGAACUGGCAACUCUGCAGCGUCAAGUAGACAGCCUGGGGCGCUCCAUGCAGUCUCCUAGCCCUCGCACAGCACCAGCCACGCACCUACCCUCAACCGACCGAAAUGCACCUCCCGCCGCCGGUGGCCGACCAGACCAUCCCCGAGCUGACCCCACCGGACACCCCGACCAGCCUGACACCAGACCUGACACCAGAGACCACAGACCUCUGAGCAAACAGGCUUCUAGAACAUCCAUUAGUUACCGAGAACCAGACCACACCAUCCAACCAGACAAAAGAUUUGCAGAAGAGACAACACCAACACAACUUGAUGAUAAGGGCCAACUUGAUGGUAAAGAAGACGUAGCUGAUGAGAAAGAAGUUGCAUAUGAAAAAGAGCAACAUGAACAAGAAAAAUAUCCUGUAGAACACGUAGAACAAGCUUAUGAGCAUGGCUAUGAGAAUCCUGAUCAAAAUUACGCAGAGAAAACCGAACCGUAUUACGAACAAACUGAAGGCUACGAUCAGAACUAUCAACAGAAUUAUCAGGAAGGUCAAUUUGAGAAUUACGAGCAGUAUCCACAACAAUAUACUGAUCCUAACGCUCAAUAUGAAGGACAAUAUGAUAAUUAUGCGACAGAUGGUACUUAUCAACAAGAAUAUGAUCCCACGCAAUAUGUUGAUCCGAAUACACAAUAUGUUGAUCCUGCUACGCAAUAUGUUGAUCCGAAUACACAAUAUGUUGAUCCUGCUACGCAAUAUGUUGAUCCGAAUACACAAUAUGAUCCGGCUACACAGUAUGUUGAACCUACGACAAAAAGGCCUGCAGCACAAGCUGUAAGGUCUGAAGCACAGCCAGAACAAGCACCUAUGGAACCUGAAUUACAUGAAGCACCAACGGAUAGCAAAAGAAGCAAUUCUCCAGUGAAGGGCCAGAGUUAG